CGCGGGAGGCAGUAACGGCCACUAACGGCUCUGCGCAGGCGCAGUGGCACUUCACACAACCGCAACAAGCAAACAUGGCGGCGGCCGUCGACAGUGUUGUGAAAGUGCUGGGCGAGCAGUAUUACAGAGAUGCCAUGGAGCAGUGUCAUAGUUACAACGCUCGUCUGUGUGCCGAGCGCAGCAUCCUCAUGCCCUUCCUGGACUCUCAGACUGGUGUGGCCCAGUCCAACUGUUACAUCUGGAUGGAGAAGAGACACCGGAGCGCAGGUGUAGCUCCAGGGCAGCUGUACACCUACCCAGCCCGUCGCUGGAGGAAGAAACGGCGUUCUCAUCCCCCCGAGGACCCCCGCUUGGCUUUCCCUUCUCUCAAAGCAGCAGAUUUGGAUUUGGGUCUGAAGCGUGAUGCUUUGGGGGCGGUGGAUGGCAGCAGUCUGGAGGCCCUGCUGAAGGGGGAGCCCCUUGAUAGGAGGAGUGGAGUAACGGACCUCCGCGGCCCUGAGGAUGAUGCAGCCACUGUGGAGCCUCCUGCCACCUCUACGACCACUCACACGUCCUCUGGGCGUAUCCGCAAGAGAGUCCUGGACCACGACGACUACUUGGAUGACCUUGACGAUGAAGACUUUGAGGACGAGACCCCCAAGAGGCGAGGCAAGAGCAAGUCCAAGGGUCGCAGUGACAAAAAUGGCAAGAAGAAAACGGAGGCUGCAGCCGCAGCGCUUGAGGAGAGGGACAAACCUUACGCCUGCGACAUCUGUGGGAAGCGCUACAAGAACCGUCCUGGCCUGAGCUACCACUAUACACACUCUCACCUGGCCGAGGAGGAGGGCGAGGACCGCGAGGAGAUCGAGGCACCACCCACUCCUCGCCAGCCUGAGGAGCAGAAGACAACUAAGAAGGGUCCAAACGGACUGGCGCUGCCCAACGAUUACUGCGACUUCUGUCUGGGAGACUCCACCUUAAACCAGAAGACCGGCCAAUCAGAAGAGCUGGUAUCCUGCUCAGACUGUGGACGCUCAGGCCACCCAACAUGCCUGCAGUUCACACCUGUGAUGAUGGCUGCAGUGAAGACCUACCGCUGGCAGUGCAUUGAGUGCAAGUGCUGCAACGUCUGCGGCACCUCAGAGAAUGAUGACCAGCUGCUGUUCUGUGACGACUGCGACCGAGGCUACCACAUGUACUGUCUAACUCCCCCCAUGACUGAACCCCCAGAGGGGAGCUGGAGUUGCCACCUGUGCCUGGUUCUGCUGAAGGAUAAAGCCUCCAUAUACCAGCAGAACCAGAGCUCCACCCCAGAGUGACAUCACAUCCACCACCACCACCCCCCCAGUCCCGCCCCCUCUGCAACGGGACCCCACCCCCGAGCAAAAACGUCAGACCUCCUCUCUCAGGACAGAGUUUCAGGCUCUGUCCAGCUGUAGCUGAGCCAGACUGCAGAUCGGCUUCACAAGUGUCGACCGGGGGGACUCAAAACCAAAACAGACCUCAGACCAGUCAGCGUGGGGAUCAAACCGUCACUACCAACCUGCCUGCAAAGCCCCCCGAGGCUUGCUGUCCAACAAGUAAAUAUUGUGCGUGUAUAUACAGUGUAGACACACACACACACACACACACAAACACACACACACACGCACACACUCUCUCUCCUGGACUGUUACACACACUAGAUACAGAGACAAGAGAGCAUGCAGUAACCAUAGUAACUGCUGUCUCCAUGGGAGCUCCCAGGAGCAAACGGAUUAGCAUCACAGCUAAUUAUCUGCACCCUUUCACACUCAAAGACACAGUGUGGACUGUGGAGACCACAGUUUGUUUGUUUUUUUUUUCUGCCAAAUUAUCUAUUUUUACUCCCUGGAUGUGGGGAACAGAAAACAUCACCACAUACUGUAUAUGUAUUUUCAAAAUGAAUCCUGUUGUCAAGGAGUAUUAUUAUUAUUAUUAUUAUUAUUAUUGAUAGUACUGUUCUGGUUACUAGUGGACUUUUGUAGUGACAUUUGUCUGUGUACUUUUGUCUCAUCCAUCGGAGCAUUUAUCUGUUCGAUGAGGUUUCCCUUAAGGGGAGCCGGUCAGUGCCAAGGUCCAUCGUCACAGGAAAUGACACACGACAACGACCAGUCACUCUGCUCCACGCAGAGCUUUUCAUCGUCACUUAAACCAGCUUUGUUUCAUUCCACAUCAAAGAUGGUCAAAACUGAGUCUUAAGUUCCUGCCAACAAAAAAACAACAACUUUUGGCUUCGACUCGUUAAGCUGGUAGCACAAAAUCUUUGGCCUUGCUACUUUAACCAUCUUUUAAUUGCUGAUUCCGUUAUUUAACGAAACACUACAACACUGAGCAUACACUGUAAGUCGGUUGAGCUCAUGAGACUAAAACAUUCAUCACAUUUUCUACAUUAUUUCCUCAUCCGACAGAGCUACAUUGUCUUAUAUGGGAAAAACAAGAUUUUUUUUUUUGAGAAGUUAGAUAAUGCUGUUCUUAUCGGGGGAAACUGAUACUGGUUCCAUAUUUUAGCCUGCUGUGUGUUCAAUAUAUGAAAGUUGUAACCAUGAAGGCGCAUUCCUUUUUCUCAGAGAUGUCUUUUGUGCUAGCGUUUUUAGAAACCAGUUUGGCAGCGACGUCAACCUUCAAACGAGUCAUUUCUUAAACAGCCGCUGUCAAACUGAUCACACACACACACACAGUCGAUGACAAACUGUAGCUGCUUUUAUCAUUCGUCACACUGAGGCAGAUUUGCAUGCAGAUUGCACCUGUAUGAAUGCACACACACAUCAGUUGGUUUUUUUUUUGGUUGUUUUUUUUUUUUUUUUACAUUUUAUAUAACCUGUUAUGUCAUUGGUAUUGGGAGUUUUUUCUAGUAGAAUUUUGUAAAGUCUAUGGUAUAGCAAACACUUCAAGUAUAUAGCUCCUAAUGCAUUCUAUGUACUGUAUUGACUUUUUCUAUUUUUGUUAUGACUGUGACAUGUUUGAAUUUAUUUGAUUAUUCUGAUAUGUCCGACCUCCAUUAUGAGUAUUUGUAAAAUGAUGUACUUUGUUGUACUAUUUUUAUUUUUUACAUUUCUUUGGUAAUGAAGCCGAUUUAGCCUGACUGAAAUAAAAAUCACUUUGAAUUUGAA